AUGAAGGGUCUCAAGCUUCAUGGACAGUUUCAGGGCAAGACCUGGCUUGAAAAUAGCAACUCUCAAGAAUGCUCAGAGUGUCGUAUGGUGCUAUCGAAUCCCACAGGAAUUUUUACCUCUCCUUGCUUCCCCAAUAAUUAUCCCAACAAUCAAGCAUGCAAAUGGACCAUCAGGGCUCCUUCUGGAUACAUCAUUCAGAUAACAUUUGUUGAUUUUGAUAUUGAAGAAGCUUCUGGUUGCACAUAUGAUCAUGUAACUUUGGACACUGGAGACAAAAGAGAUUCCUAUUGUGGUAUGACUGCCAAAGGUUUAUCAUUUAACUCAUCUAGGAAUGAAAUGAUUAUAUCUUUUACAAGUGACUUUAGCAUUCAAAAAAAAGGCUUCAAUGCCACUUAUAGCCGAAUUGCUGUAUCUUUGAAGAAUCAAAAGGUUGCCAUUCCGCAAUUUCUAGAUUCUGAUUCUGUGUCUCUGGCAAAUUCUAUUCAAGUCCCAGAACUUAAUCAGUUCACCCUAUGCUUUGAAGCAAGAGCAAACAACAGUAAUAACUAUGAAUGGAAGGCUUUCUCCUAUGGUGAUUCCUCUAUGGAAUUCUUCAGCUUUGGAAAAACAAAACAGGGGUAUUUCAUUUUUAUCUCAGACUCAAAGUGUUUUUUAAAUGAUGCACUUGACAUUAGUCCAAAUGAGGACAUUUUCACAGAAACAUUUGAAGAGCUUUGCAUUGUAUGGGAUAGCUCAUUAGGCAUAGUAGGUGUAAAUAUCAAAGAGAUGUAUAAAACAGUCUCUUGUUUAGAUACUUACGGAAAAGUAAUUCCUGGUAAUGGAAAGUUGGUUCUGAGUUCUGACAAAGAAGACAUAAGCCCUUUGCCUGGAGAUAUGUACAACUUCCGGCUUUGGAAUUUUACAAUGAAUUCCCAAUCACUUUUCAACCUCACCUGUGAUGAGAAAGGUAACAUUAUUGACUGGGAAAAUGAUUUCUGGAGCAUUCCAGCAACAUUUCUAAAAGCGGAGAACAACUUGAGUUGUGGCUCAUAUCUUGUCCCCUUGCCGACAGUUGAACCAACUAGCUGUGCCACUAUAGGAAGCCUUUGCCGAGCUACUGUAAGUGCAACCACUCCAUCACCCACCAUUACCACUAACAUGCCUGAUACUAACAGAACCGAUAAAAUAACGGAUGGUAAAUUAUACUACAGAAUAGACUUUACUGUCUAUAAAAUCAAAGAAGAUGCAGAGCCAAACGUUCAGAAUGUAAUUACAGAAUGGUUAAUUCAGACCAUGGGGAAUUGGAAUUACAAUGUAUGUGUGGUGGAUGUAAGUGUUGAACCAAGUUCAACAAAAACCGCAUCAAGAGGAAAGAGAAGUGCUGAACAAAGCUUUCUAAACCUGAAAAAUUAUACAUCUCAUUGGGGUAUUCCUGAUCUUAGAAACUGCACAGAAAAUGCUGCUGACAUAGCCAAUCAGCUACUGAAUCUUACAGGAGAAGGGCAGCAGUUGACUUCAGACAAAGUCAACGAUGUGAUCCAGAAAUUAAAAAAAAUUGUGAAUGAUGAAGAAAUCAAUGAAUCUUUGGGUUCUACUGUGAUGACAAUAUUUUCUAAUAUUUUAACUAGUUCUGAUAAUGUAUUGGCUGCAUCAUCUUCCGAUACCUUGUGCCUUAUGACCCAUGCCACAAGAAGCAAGGACGUUAUGCAAAGGAUUUGGUGGCUGAUCUGGGAAGGAAUUAACAUCUGGGACAAUGGCCCUAGAAUAGUACUGCAAAAUAGUAAUGGAAUUCGGGCAAAGCCAGAUCAGAAAAAAUGUGAGGCUCAGGAACAGCCUCUAAAUUACUUUUGGAGAGAAACCAGACCAGAAGAGACUGCCACCACUAUCUGCUAUGACAGCUCUACCCAAAUUGCAUCACGAACAUGCUUUCUAAACCUGAAAAAUUAUACAUCUCAUUGGGGUAUUCCUGAUCUUAGAAACUGCACAGAAAAUGCUGCUGACAUAGCCAAUCAGCUACUGAAUCUUACAGGAGAAGGGCAGCAGUUGACUUCAGACAAAGUCAACGAUGUGAUCCAGAAACUAAAAAAAAUUGUGAAUGAUGAAGAAAUCAAUGAAUCUUUGGGUUCUACUGUGAUGACAAUAUUUUCUAAUAUUUUAACUAGUUCUGAUAAUGUAUUGGCUGCAUCAUCUUCCGAAGCUAUAAAGACAAUUGAUGCCUUGGCAUUGAAGAUUCAGUUUACAGGUCCCUCCAUGAACAUCUCAACCCGAAACAUAGCACUUGGAGUUUCAUCCUUGAAUUCAUCUUUAUUCAAUGGCUCUUCCUUCAGUGUUGGUCCCCAGAACAAUGCUUCAGAUUUUCAGAUUGAUUUUGAUCAAAACCAAGAAAAUUCUCUUGCUACUGUUUCUUUGCCUCCAAGUUUGCUAAAUAAUUUAAGUCAAGAAGAUCUUGAAGCAAUAUCCAGGGUUCAAUUCACUUUUUUCAAUAAAAAUGGACUCUUCCAGGAUCCAGAAACUCCUUCCAAUUUAACCAGUUACGUGGUAGCAUGCAGUGUGGGGAAUACUACUAUCCGUGAUCUCAAGGAGGCUGUGAAAAUUACAAUCAAGCAUACAUUCAAACAUGAUCACAUACAGAACGCUCCUAAUACUACUUGUGUUUUUUGGGAUAUGAACAAGAACAGAGGCCAAGGUGGGUGGAAUACAACUGGCUGCUAUGCACUUCCAGAGUCAAAUGAGAAUGAGACUGUCUGUCUCUGCAAUCAUCUUACACAUUUUGGUGUAUUGAUGGAUUUGCCAAGAACAGCUUCACAAAUAGAUUCUGUAAAUACCAAAGUCCUCACUUUCAUAACAUAUAUUGGUUGUGGAAUAUCGGCCAUAUUUUCUGCUGCAACUCUUCUGACAUACAUUGCUUUUGAAAAACUGCGAAGAGAUUAUCCUUCUAAAAUCCUAAUGAAUUUGAGCACAGCUUUGCUAUGCUUAAAUCUGGUCUUUCUCCUUGAUGGUUGGAUUGCAUCAUUUGACAUAGAUGGCCUCUGCGUAGCUAUUGCCGCUCUCCUGCAUUACUUUCUUCUGGCAACUUUUACCUGGAUGGCCCUUGAAGCUGUUCAUAUGUAUAUAGCUCUAGUAAAAGUGUUCAAUACUUACAUUCGACGAUACAUAUUAAAAUUUUGUGUCAUUGGUUGGGGUUUACCAGCAUUGGUGGUGAUUAUUAUUCUAGCAAGCACCCAUGCAAAUACAAAUAAUAUUUACAGCAACAUUCUGGAUGGCAAAAAUAAUAAGGAACAAGGUGGAGAUAACUUCUGCUGGAUUAAAAGCACUGUUGUAUUUUACGUGACUUGUGUUGGCUACUUUGGAAUCAUGUUCCUCAUGAACAUUGCCAUGUUUGUUGUGGUGAUGAUGCAAAUAUGUGGACGAAAUGGCAAACGGACCAAUAGGACUAUGCGGGAAGAGAUCCUGAGGAACCUUCGUAGUGUUAUUAGCCUGACCUUCCUCCUAGGCAUGACGUGGGGUUUUGCUUUUUUUGCCUGGGGGCCACUAUAUCUUCCUUUUGUGUAUCUCUUCUGUAUUUCCAACUCAUUGCAAGGUUUAUUUAUAUUUAUAUUCCACUGUGCAAUGAAAGAAAAUGUACAAAAGCAAUGGAGAAGGCAUCUAUGUUGUGGACGAUUCAGGCUGGCGGAUAACUCAGACUGGAGUAAAACAGCAACUAAUAUAAUAAAGAAGAGUUCAGACAAUCUGGGGAAAUCCUUAUCUUCCAGUUCUAUUGGUUCCAAUUCGACAUAUCUGACUUCAAAAUCCAAAUCCACAUCAAACACCUACCAUAAAAGGAACAGCCAUUCUGACAAUGUUUUUCUUGACAAGCCUUCAACAAAAUACAUCCAAGUGGACAUGGAACAGACGUCAAUCAUCCCAGUUCACCAAGUCAUUGACAAAGUGAAAGGUUACUACAAUACUCAGUCAGACAAUUUCUAUAGAAACAUGAUCAUGUCAGACUCCCUGAGCCACAGUACAAAAUUCUGAGUAUCUGGAUAUCUGGAAGAAGAGAAGUCAACAAACAGAAUGAAGAUUAUUAAGAUUAUUAAGUAUUGAACUUGGUGACUGGCUGAAGAUACAGACUCUGCUAAAGUGUUGUGCUUUAUCCAGUUAUAUAAGUUGUUCAGCUACCUGUAUCUAUACUUGGAGAAACAGAACAUCUAAUUAAUUCUCUCCACUGACACAGUUCUCUCAUCAACAGUUCUCAAGCAUCUAUCAGUGACAUGUUUAUUAAUCCCAUCUAUAAUCUUGCAAAAUUAAGAAACUUGAAAAGCCCAAAACUAAAGCUUGUAGCUUCCAAAUACAUUUUCAAACCAUGCUAUUAAGAUGUUACAUCAACCCAAGUGUUCUUCUCUGUGUGUGUCUGUCUGUCUGUAUAUGUAGCCUUACACAGGGAAAGCUAUCCAAUUGUGCAUCUUCACAGGUAUAAUGGAUCCCCUUGUUUCAUAUAACCAAAUCUACUCUGUAAAAAGGGAUGAUAGCCUAUUCUGCUUGUGGCAUAAGCAGAAGUCUGCUUGUGCAAUG